UCAGUCGCAAGGCGGGAAACCACCCCAAUCGGGUGUCAUCGUCAUUCCGAUCUUCCCAAUAAUCCUUCCGCGACUACAUCUAUCUACCCAAAAUCGCACAAUUUGAAGAAAACGCGAAAUUUUCUAAAACCCUAAAUUGAGCUGAUCGGAUGGAAGUCUCACCUAAUUCGGAGACUAAACCCCGUGUUCGCCGGCGAUUGAUUCAGUCGACACUGUUCCCGCACAAGUCUCAAGACAAUGUCGGCAGUGUAGAUGAAGAUUUCGAACCUGGUGUAGACCAGGAAGACGUGGAAGAGGAUUAUUGCGAGACCCCAGUGAAGAAUAAUAAAAAACGAAAGCCAAGAGCAGCGUCCCAAUCGCGAGCUUCAAGAAAGAUUGCUGUAAAUGGAAAUGAGCCUGGGGCAAAAAAUACCGACGAAGAAGAUUCUCCAGUUACUGUUAAAGUUGAUUUCUUUGUGAAAGUUUCUGAGAGACGCCAUCAACAGAGACAGCAAAAGGAGCAGCCAUCUAUUAUCAAUUCACCUGAAAAAAAUGAACAAUGUUGUUCACCUCCGGAUGUCAUUACAAAUUCAAAGAGCCCUAGGAAGCCCAGGCGACGAGCUAGUUCUACACCAAAGAAGCGACAGACUUGUCUUACCCCAGAGAAGCGGCAGAUGAAUUUAACACCAUCUAGAAAUGCCAUUAACGGUGCUUUACAUGAAGAUUACUCAGAGAAAAUGCUGGCUAGUCCCCCCAAGCCAAUUCCUGAUCUACGGUUAGAGGCAAAAAUGACUGCAGAGGAAAAUUCACGUAUAUUUGCAGGAAAGCAAAUACAUCCUUUCUUUGUGUCGUGGAAAAAUGGCAAGAAAAAUACCGAGAGUACUGGCACAGAGAAUAAAUGGUGCCAUGUUGAGAGGAAGGAAAGUAACAAUGAUGUCAAUCCUGUUCAUAUAUUUGAGAAAACACAGAGUGAAACUUUCUUUGUUGAUUGGAGAAACUGGACAUUUUCUGAAAGCAUCUUCACAAGGACCGGCCAAGAUCUAGAAGAUUCUUGCUUGCAGCUAAUUUAUGAAGGAUCAGUCAAUUGCUUGCAGUUUGAUAACUUUCUUGGUGUCCCUCCACUUGGAAUGUCGUUGUGUCAGAACAAGGGUUCUUCAAGUCAAUAUCCCAUCCAACUUGAAGAGAUUUCUACAAGUUUUUGUUCCAUGCUUCAGGAGAAGAGUCUAGUUACAUCUUCCGCUUCCGUGGUGGAUAAGCUGGAACCACAAUGUAAUCAACCGAAAGACAUUGAGGUGGUCCAUGAAAUUGGCAAAACAGGUGGUUCCUUGGCAAACACUGAGUUUGUGGUGAAUUUGGAUACUCAGUGGCAGGAUACCUUGCAUACAGAAAGGAUGGCAUCAAAAUAUCACGAUUGUAGCUAUCAGCCUGAGAAUAGCUUAUGGACAACCAAGUACCAGCCUGAAAGGGCAGUUGAGAUAUGUGGAAACUAUGAAUCUGUGAAGUUUCUUAAUGAGUGGCUACGUUUAUGGCAUGAGAAAGGUUCAAGAACCAAUAAAUGUUCUACUGAUACUGAUAAGUGGAUCAUGCAAGAUGUUGACCUUAACUAUUGUCCAAGUGACAGUGCUUCUCAGUAUACCGAUGAAGAAAGUACACUAAAGAAUGUUCUUUUAGUUACAGGCCCAGUUGGGAGUGGAAAAUCUGCAGCCAUUUAUGCCUGUGCCAAAGAGCAAGGAUUUCAAGUUAUUGAGGUCAAUACAUCAGAUUGGAGAAAUGGCGCACUUGUCAAGCAAAAAUUUGGGGAAGCUGUAGAAUCACAUUGGCUUCAAUGUUCUAUGCCCAAUAUUGAAAACCCAGAUAACAAAGAUCAAUUGAAGUCAUCCAAAGCUGUCCAAAGGUCUACCAAUGAUGUUAUUGAAUUGAUACCCUUAUCAGAUGAGGAGGAUUCAGUAAAUGUUGGCGGGACAGUUGUGAAAUCAAUCGACAAGGAAAACAAAGUUUCUUGUUCUCAAAAUGGAACCAAAACCUUAAUUCUUUUUGAGGAUGUCGAUGCAACUCUAUAUGAAGACCGUGGUUUCAUUGCUACUAUACAACAGCUUGCAGAGACGGCAAAGCGGCCAAUGAUAUUAACUAGCAACAGUGAUGAUCCUGAUUUACCAACUAACUUAGAUAGAUUAGAGGUUAGCUUUAGAAUACCGUCAUCAGAGGAGCUUCUCAGCCUUGCAUCUUUGGUUUGCGCUGCCGAAAAAGCAGAAAUUGAGCCUUGUUUGGUCGAGCGAUUUAUUGACCAUUGCCAAAGUGAUAUUCGUAAAACCAUUACGUUUCUCCAGUUUUGGUGCCAAGGUCAAAAUCAGAGAAAAGAUAGCGAAGUGCGGAAUAUAUAUGGUCCGCUGCUGUUCGAUAUUGAUGCCGGGCAUCAAGUUCUACCACAAUUGAUCCCAUGUGGUUACACUUCCAAGCUGUCGGAAAUGAUCGAGAAGGAGAUCAUGAAAUCAACUUUUUUGGUAGCAAAAGAUGCUAGCUCGAUGGAGACGAUUGACGAAGAAGAGGAAAACAAUAACGAUUCAAUGAUCGAAAUCGAAAGAAAACACAGUAUCGAGGCCAAAAAGGAUGAGAUGCUACGCAGGCACUGCUCCGAUCAAGACGGAAAUGAUUUUGCAGCUCGGUGCACCACCAUUAACGAGCUUCCUAGUUGCUCAAGCUCCCCAGUUGCAUUCAUGCGAAGAACUCUUCAGAAGAAAUAUGAUCCAAUAAUGAAUACGGAUUCAGAAGAGUGCUUGAAUGACGGAUUACUGAAUGUAAUCGAGGAUGUAAACGAAGAAGUGCUUGUUGAUACAAAAAGGCUGAGGAGAAAAUAUAACUCAGUGUUAUCUUCGGAUUCAGAAGAAGAGCGGUUUGAUGAAGGUUUACGUGUUAAAAAUGUGGAGGUAAAUGAAGAUGAGAAGUUCUUCCAGAUGGAAAACGAGCAGCCUCUUUCUGAAGCGGAGAAAUUGGAGGAAACUUGUCAUCCAUCCGAAAUACCAUAUUAUUCCAAGAUUAACGAUAUAUGCAAGUCUGGAGAUGUAUCAUGUGUUCCUGAAUCUUCUUAUGUUCCCGAAACAGAAAUCGAGAAUGGAAUGAUGAUGUGCUCUACAAUGUGUUCCAGUGGGCGUGUCGAUGGUGGAAUAGAAGAGGGACCCACAAGCGCUGAUUGCUUACCAAGAAUUGUACCGGUGGAGUUCAGUAACCUUUGUUAUUAUCGUGAAGAAGAUAAAACAGAUUCGGGUUUAGAUACAGUACCGGUUCAUGGAGAAGAAAUCGGAGAUUCUCACAUUGAACCCGUGGAUAAUCUUCCGAGAGAAUAUCAAAUGAUGGAUGAAUGUAGCCGAAUAGACUUCAAUAAGAAAGCGGAGUCCAUUCAUAGGCAAAAGCCUGUGGCUUCGAUGGACCUUGUACAAGAAACUUGGAGAAAACUUCGGAAUUGCGAGAAUGAAUUACGACAAUAUGUCUCCGUUGAGGAAAAGGACACUUUGGAGGCUUUAGGGAUUUCUUAUGGAAUGACUAAUCUAAUCUCGGAAGCUGAUUUAUUACUCGCCGAUUGCCAGUCGUUAACAUGUGAUUAUGUAAAACCGUCAAUGGUUUUAACUGAGGAAUCACAUUCGUUCAGAUGGCAUGAUGACCAACUGCAAAUGGCGUCGACAAUCGCUCAGCAUGGAUUUUGCUUAUACGCAAAAAGAAGUGUUGCUGCAGGAUCAAGUGCUGGAAUGGAUUUGGCCUCGGAGAUGCUGGCAGCAUCAACUAGUGCUAUUUCUUUGGGAAAACUGAUCAACAACCGAAACAACACAACCGUUAAGAGUAAUGGAAAGAAAACGUUGCAAAAUGGAGUCUCCUUGAAAAGCAUGCUAGAGUCGCCACUCUGCAAUACCGUUCACUCCAUUGUUCCUUUACGAUCACAAUUAUCAUUGAAAGGUUACAUAUUCCAUGAAUACCUUUCGUCACUGGCCCAGAUUUCUAGAUCAGAAUCUUCCCGUUUAUCAGAAGCUGUUAACAAAUCAACCCAAAGACGAAAGAGAGUUGCUCGAAACUACUUGAGUAACGGUGCACUAGCGUUAUCGAGUGAAGAUAUCUCAUUGCUCGAUCGAUUUAGCUGCUAUCGAACACCGUCAUCACAAUCGAAAACCGAAAGUUGAGGCCUUAGUGAGAAUUUAUGUGGCUAAUGUAGUUGAUGCAAGGGUAGAAAGGUAAAUGAAUAAAAGAUGGCUGCUAUAUGGUUAAAGACUGUUGCGAUUCAGCCGAUUAAAAAAAGUGCUGAUGGAUAGAUCGCGAGGAUAGAAGGUAAAGUUCUCAUCUUGAUUUAAUUUCACAUUGUUAAUUUGUAAUUUAGAUGUAACUACUAAAAUAUGCAACUUUAAUGCCAUAUUUGGUUCUUGAUGGAA